ACCGAAAGAUUCUUUACAUAACAGCCCAGCUUUACAAAAAGUAUUCUCAUCAACCCAGCUUUACAAAAAAGUAUUCAUCAACCCAGCUCUACUAAUCCUAAUCCUAAACCAAAGCCCCAACUCGGAAACAAACAGGGCCUCCCUGGCUAUUGGGUGAGUUCAGCUGUAAUAACAACCACCACCACCAUGUCUUACAUACCUCCACACAAGCGCCACUCGAAGGAUACAGACAAGCCACCCCCAACACCAGAGUCUCUCACUCCUCAAUUUCACAAUAAUCUCAAUGUUAGGUCAUCUGGAUCUUCUCCCAAAGAUAGGAAGGCCAAACAUUCCAAACAUUCUUUCAAGGCUGGCAAAAUUAAAUAUGCAGAUGAUGCAAUAUGUAGAUGGUUUCCUGUUGGCUUCCCCCCAGACCAGCCUAUGUCAUUGAAAUCCUUUGAGCAGAAAUUGCCUCUCUCUUUGGUGCUGGACACUCAUCUAACCAAAGAGAACAAAGGAGAGGUUCUCAAAAGUCCAUGGGAAUCUAUAGCUGAAGAUGUACAGGAAGACCUCCUCUCUUCUUUCCAAAAUCUGAGGAAUGUAAUGGAGUGCCAAGAAGUAAAUUUAAAGCCAACUCUGGUUGCUAGAUUUGGCAAAAUUCUUUUUCAUGGGAGCCCUUCAGUUAGUCUAGAAACUGUAAAAGGGACUUCAGUUACUGAAACCACUUUGAGACUAUUGAAUAGAUCAUUCUAUACAAAUGUUCCUCCUACAUAUAUGAAGUACACUACAAAUGAAGUCGUGCCAAAGAUUGGACUCAAUUUUGAAGAGGAAAAGGAGUUAUACCAAGUAAAGCUGUCUGAUAGCAUGUGGCCAGAUUCAACUAUCUCUUGCAAAUGUAGAAUAUUGGAAGACUGUAAGAAGCUUGAACUUUACAAGAUUGCAUUAAACCUAGUGCGCCACCUGGUUGUAGACAUAUCCUGUCUCGAUAGGGAUCUGGACCUGAGGCUGAUGCUAUACACCAAGAGAAUUGUAACUGAUUUAACAGAUGAUGAGAAGUGCAACAUCAGGAGCCUGAUCAAUUCUGCAGUUCUAGAUCCAGAUGUGAAGGGUGGGUUAAGGUGGCCUCUGGGAAAGGAAUCUUCUGGAGAUCGGUACACUGUUGUUGGGAUUUGGCACACAAAUGCUAAAACAUUUAGAAGUUCAUCAAUGAGACUUAAGGUUCGGCAUGCAGAUCGAUUCGAUUUCAGGACCUCAGCUGGAGAAGUUACAGAAGAGGUCAGUCUGAAGAUGACUGGAAUUGCAUCACAGCUACGGGAGCAGAGCAGUCAAAUUGACAUGGUCACUGAAAUGCUCAAAGACAACAUAAAAUUGAUUUGGGACUGCUUCUUGUGCUUUGAUUGUUAGUUAAACAGAUCCCUCUUUGUGAGUGUGGGUCUUGAGCAGGUGCUUCGCGGCUAUGUGCAUCAAGCUUUGUAUGCUCUAGUCCUUGCCAAGAAAGAGCUUUGAUGUUUGAUACCAAUCUAUAUAUUUGGGUUGAGUGUUCAAGUUGUACUUUUGAAGUUUGAAGUUUGUACUCCUUUUUGUAAGACGAGCUUGGGUUGGUUAUGUACUAAAACGUAUUGAAGUUUUAUUUCAUUAGUUUGUGCACUUGUUCUGAAUGGAAGUGUGUGAGUGGAACAAGUUGAAUGAAUAUAUUAUUCUGCUUUUCAAACAGGUUAUACCCUAAACAGAAGUACUACCGGUUUUUUCAA